ACUCGGCGACUGGGUAAAUAAUCAAAGGUGACAGAGAGAGCAGAGUGGUUUCACUGCAAAGUUAAUAAAAUUCAAUAGAAAGUGCAUUUUAAAAACAAAAGCUGGUGAAAAUGACCUGGAUCCAAUUUAAUUGUGAUUCUGAAGUUAAUUAGCAGUGGGGGCAUAACUAAAACAAAAAGGCUGCCUGAGUUUGCGGAGUCUUGCCAGCGUUUUCUGUCCGUGUCUGAGGAAUCGAUUUGUUCUGUUACGUGUCGGCACCAGAUCGUUGGAGCGCAACACAAUGCCUGGAUUUGCACCGUGAUCUCAGACGCUGUUUCUCAGGCGCAGCCUUUCUUUGCAUUUUGAUAAGGGAAUGUUAUAAAGUCUGUCUGGAGAUGAAAUUCUUUUAUGCUAGACCAUGGAAAACAAGAAAUAAAUAUACAGAAUACAGCACAGUCAAGAAAUCCUCAAUAUGAAAAUGCUCACACUGCUUUCAGUGUUUAGUUUGCUUACAGUGUUUGGAACAGAGAUCUCAGCUAUAUCCAUCAUAAAUGCAAUUGUGGGUAAACAGGUUCUGUUUCCCGUGGCCAUCCCAUGCGGAAAUCAGUGUGAAGUAGCAUUUCUGUCAAAAUCACCAAUUCAUGCUAAAUUGGCUUCCUGGGGAAUAACGCCACUUUCCACACAUAUUUUGUAUAAAAACAGACUGCAAAUUGCCACAAAUUGCUCUCUGGUGCUGCAGAAUGUACAGAUUAAUGACACAAAACCGUAUGCAAUACAAAUCGAUUGCUGUAAACCAUCAACAGUGACAGAAGAAACAAUAUUUCAACUGCAAGUGUUUGAGCCAGUUUCCAAGCCUUCGAUAACAAUAAAUUGUUCAACUACAAAUGUCAGCCUAAGUUGCUCUGUUUCCAAUGGUACAAAUGUCACGUUACACUGGGAAAAAAAAUCCUCAUCUGGAGCCAUAAGUAGAAUCAAUGACGGAGCUGAACUGGUGCUAAGCCACGAUCAUGAACAGAACCAAUACGAGUACAUGUGUGUAGCAGAGAAUCCAGUCAGCAGUGAAACCAGUGAUCCACCGAAACUAGAGAAGUGUAAUGGCCAUAAUUCUAAAGGUUGGCGGGCACCAGUCUUUAUAAGUACUGCAACUGUGUUGUUUUUUGGUUUGGUUAUAAUUAUUAUAAUCGGUUUCAAAACAAAACCAGCUGCCUGCAAUAAAGGAAACAAUAUAGCAAUAGGAAAAUGGAAUGAAGAAACAUGUUACCUAAAUCAUAGAGAAAUUAAAGCCACAUAUAUUACGAGAAUUGACUCAGCUGAACACUGUCCAUCAUCUGCUCAGUGCUACUGAAUAUAACAUUUAAGAGGAAGAAAUUGAAUUUAACUGAGCUGCCAAAUAAAGGUUAUUUUUGUGGAGUUUUUUUUAUUAUGUCAGAGAAUGUAAUAAAAUUAUUUUUUUUUACACACACACUGACAUAAUUGCAGGUUCUGCAGUAGCCUCACCUAAUAUCUAUACUUCUGCAUCAAAUACUGCUGCUCAUUGGGCCCUGGCAACUUAUUCUACUGUGUGCUGUAGAGAAUGCUGAUGCAAACUGCGACACAUUGUAUCUCCAGCAAUGACCAGCUCAUUCAUUCUGAUGAUUAAUGCUGCAUUUGUAAGAUGAAACCUUUGUUUAGCUUUGCUACAUGGAAAUCCUUUCAGCUCUGUUGAGAUACUUAACUUUUCAGAGACAUACAUACAGAUUGUGAAUCUUGUUUUGUGGUAAAUUUAAAAUAAACUAGCUUUGUAUCAGUGAUAACAUCUGUGAUUACCUGAUUCGCAAUGUCACUGGAUGAUAAAUUGUAAAUCUGUGAGAUGAUACUGACUGUUGAAAACAGGAACAAUGAUGUAUGUAGAUUUACAACAUGUAUGUAAUGCCAUUUAGUAAUAA